AUGGACACGGCCGAUGGGGCGCCCGACGGCGGCGACAAGUCCCCGACCAAGGCCUCGGGCAACAACGAUGAGAAUGACAACGAUGACCAGAACCGCAAAAGAGCGAACGUCAGAAAGAGGACCAAGACCGGUUGCCUGACAUGUCGAAAACGACGCAUCAAGUGCGAUGAGGGAAGGCCCAUCUGCAACAACUGCAUCAAGUCCAAAAGACACUGCGAGGGUUACAACCAGCGAGUCAUCUUCAAAGACCCAAUCGGCGCAUUCAACCUGAACGGAGUCUACGGCCCCGUGGUCUAUCCUCCCGAGGCGUCAAAUCCCCCUUUCCAUCAGCUGUCCAACCCGCCGCCGAAGUCAUCCAAUGCGCCUCCCCUGGCACCAAUAGCUCCCAAGCCGCCACAGAACAUGGACUAUGGCGGCCAGCCGAUGCAUCACCAGUAUGGCCAGGGCUUCCCAGGCCCAUCUUCGGGUCAUCACCCAUCUUCCUCUCCAUUCGACUUCAACCAGUAUGCCUUUGGGCCGCCGCAGAUACCCCCGCAAAUGCCCCCGACGCCCUCAUUGACAUCGCCCAUCAGCCCAGACCAAUUCCAGGGACCGUUCGGCGGAGCCCAGGGCACCUUUGUCAGUCCAAAUACCGACAACGGCUCGUUUGCGUACGUACCCCGGGAAGCAUGGCAAGGACAGCCUUCAAAUCAUGCACGGGUGGAAGAGAUUCGACACUACCCCAACGACCCUCUGCGGCGAGAAGACGUGGUGGAGGACCCCGAUGUCCAGUUCUUCUUCAACGACGACGACGACGCAUCCAUGGGCGAUUCGGACGACGGCUUCGAGGACUUGAUGGGUGAGGAGAGCGCCUACGGACAACUGGUCCAGGCCCGUUCGGACGGUCCCUGGGACGGCUUCGGCACCGAGGUCAGAAAGUUCUCCGCCUUUGCGGAGGAGACGAUUCUCACGUCGUACAUCCCGACCCCGAACAACUCACCGCUCAACGACGAGCGGACGGCAGCCCUGUUCUGGCACUUUAUCAAUGUCACGGGCCCCAGCAUGUCCCUGUACGAGAGGCAUCCGUUUGACCACACGAAACUGAUGAACAACUUUUCUGUGCCAAAGGCCGGCCAUAACUUGUGGACCUACACGUUCCCCAUCCUGUCGUUCAACCACCCGGCACUCCUCCAAGCAAUGCUUGCCCUGGGCGCUUUACAGAUAGCCAAACUGCAGCAGAUCCCGCCGACGGCGGCCAUGAAACACUAUCACCUCUCCAUUCGCAGGAUCGCAAAGAACGUGCGAACAGUAAAGAGGAGGACGUCACCAGCCACGCUCGCAGCCACCCUGCUGUUGGGGUACUUUGAAGUGUGGAAUUCGGACCACUCCAAGUGGUGCAAUCACCUGUUUGGAGCCAGGCUGCUGAUCAAGGAGAUACCUUUUCGGGAGAUGACGAGGAACAUACUGCCGCUGAAACGAGCCAGGCGUGCGCUGUUCCAAGAAAGCCAGAACCAGCCGUUCGACCCCUUUUACAUGGGCCACGACAACACGCACAUGAUGAACCAUGAUCUAGACGAUUUGGACCUUGGCCUGCUGAGUCGAUUAACGAACCAACACGUGUCGUACGAGGACGAUGCAGCAGCCUCGAUCGGCAAUUACUACACUGACCGCGAUAUCGAACAUUACGAGCAUUUGAGAGAUCUGUAUUGGUGGUACUGCAAGAUGGACGUCUAUCAAAGCAUGCUCGGUGGUGGGAAGCCGUUUAUGGACUACCAGCACUGGACGCAAUGUCCGCCCCGAGCCCCGAUGGGUCGACUGGAGGCCAUCUACGGAACGUAUGACCACUUGAUGCUCCUGCUUGGUCGCCUGUGCAGUUUCGCUUCCAAGGACCUCGCUCGAAAGAAGAAGUCGUUCAAGGGGUUCGGGCCUCCGGGUGGCCCCCCGGUCGGUCGUCCAGGGGUUCCCACCGGCGGCCCUCCCGGUGCGCCGCCAGGACGGGGAGGGCCGCCCAAUGCGUCCGGGCCACCGGGGAUGGCAACCGGUAUGCCCGGUGGGCCGCCCGGGGAUCCGCCGCCGGGCAUGAGAGGCCACCCAGGAGGGCCGGGCGGUCAGAUGGGAGCGCCUCCUGGGGCCGGGUCACCGCCCAUGUUCCCGGGCAUGCUGCCGAAUCUCCAAAAGGUGAGACUGCCCAUGGGCUUCAGCCCUCCGAGAGACGACUCGCCGCCUCCGCCGGAGAUGCCAGAAGACCUCGACUCCGACGUUGCCAUGGAGGCGGCGAUGCGUGAGUGGGAAGGCCUUAGGGAGGCGUUUGAGAUCCUCCGAUCCCAGUUCGGGCCCGAGUUCCAGGCCCUGGGCGCCGAGUACGCAGACCACAGGGACUCGCCCUUUGGGCCGACGCUGCAGUACCGCACCUUUUCCGUGGCCGGCAUCUGGAUGAACUACUACAUGGGCCUGAUCCAUCUGUACCGCGCACACCCCAGGAUGCCGCCGGCCGCCAUGAUUGCCGCGGGCAUCCAGGCGCAGCAUACCGAGAAGUUUGCCAUCGAGAUUGGGCGGAUCGCGGCGGGGCUGACGGACGACGUCUCCAACGCCACCGAGAUCAGCACCUUGGUCGGGGCGGCGCUCAUCGAGAGUGCCUUCUGUCUCUUUGUCGGCGCUAUCCAGUACAGAGACGACGCCCAGCGUCACUGGAUCGUCAGGCGGAUGCACGAUGUAGCACGUCUCACAGGCUGGCAAUCUGCGCGACAAAUCGCCGAGGGCUGCGAGUCUGGCUGGAAGAAGGCCGCGGCUAUGGGACGGGGUCCGCCGUACACAAGAGACCCCACGCUCCAGACCGUCGUGCCCCCCUCAGUGUGGUUGAACCCGAGGAGGAUUGGCGCCCGGCUGGAGCUGCUGGACGGAGACGACAAGGUGCUCGUCGUCGCCAAGACGGAGCGGGCGCAUUACGCCCUGGGGCUACUCAGCGUCGAGCAGGAGCUGGAGAGACUCGACAUCAAGGAGGGAUGA